CCUUUAGUGCUUGUGUUGGAUAAGGGAGAUAAUUGAUCCACUUUCUUGCUAUCAUCUUCAUCCUCAAAGCAAGAUGGCACAUCGAAUGGCAGCACGGCUUGAGCCGCGAAUUAGCCAUGCUUUCUUACGAUCACAUUCUACUUUAGCUCGUUCAGCUGUUUGUUCAACUACACCAGCAGCAAACGCUCGUAGAAGUGGUGCGAUUGCAUCUUCUUCCACUUCAACAAUUCGUUCAUUCAGCUCAGGAGGACAAAAUGAAACAAUCUCUGAUCGCGAAACAAUUACUCGUUUGUUAUACUCGCUUGCCUCUCGUAAAGAAGUUGAACGUUAUCUACGCAUCUUUAGUGCUGCUAACAAAUUCGCUGUCUUAAAAGUGGGUGGUGCAAUUCUAACACAUCAAUUGGAAGAAUUAGCUCUCAGUUUGAGCUUCUUGCAUCGUGUUGGAUUGUACCCAAUCGUAUUGCACGGUGCUGGUCCACAAUUGAACGAAAUCUUGGAGAAGGAAGGUGUUGAACCAGACUACAUCGAUGGUAUCCGUAUCACCGAUCCACGUACCCUUCGUGUUGCCCGCCAAGUGUUCUUAGAAGAAAACCAAAGAUUAGUCGAAAAGCUAGAAUCAUUCGGCUCUCGUGCACGUCCGAUUCCUUUGGGUACCUUUACCGCAUCUUAUUUGGACAAGGAAAAGUACGGUCUGGUGGGUAAGAUUGAAAAGGUGGACAAGGAACCUAUCGAAAGCGCUAUCAGAGCAGGAUGCUUGCCAAUCCUCACAUCUCUUGCUGAGACGGAAGAUGGACAAAUUCUCAACGUGAAUGCAGAUGUUGCAGCUAGUGAGCUAUCCAAGGUAUUGGAACCCCUCAAGAUUGUAUACUUGAACGAAAAGGGAGGAUUGUUCCAUGGCAAGACUGGCGACUUGAUUGAAACGAUCAAUCUUGAUGAAGAAUAUGAUGAUUUGAUGAAACAAGAAUGGGUCAAAUACGGUACAAAAUUGAAGCUACGAGAGAUGAAGGAAUUGCUUGAUCAUUUACCUCGCUCUUCUUCCGUCGCUAUCAUCAGUGUGGACCAAUUGCAAAAGGAAUUGUUCACAGAUAGCGGUGCAGGAACUUUGAUCCGUCGUGGAUACAAGUUGUACAAGCAUGACAAUAUCGAAAGUGUCGGUGCAGAACGCCUUCGUGAUUUGCUCAAGAACAAUGACGAAGAGAUCAAAGGAGGCCGCAAGUCUGUCGCACAAUUCUUCUCUGAAUUAUCAAAGAGCCCUUACACCAUCUAUGGAGAUGAGCCAUUCGACGUUGUCGCAUUUGUAUCACGUCCUGAAGGAGAGGUUCCAGUUUUGACAAAAUUGGUAGCAACACGCAAUGGAGUGUUGAACAGCGUGAAUGACAAUGUUUGGAACCAAAUCCGCAAAGAUCACAAGCGCCUCGUUUGGACAGCACGAGCAGAUGACGAAAACAGAGCAUGGCACUACGAACGUGCUGAUGGAAGCUUUACACGUAACGGACGCAGCUUGUUCUACUACGGUAUCCAUGAUGUUUCCGAGGUGGAAGAUGUUGUUAAGAGCCUUGAAGAGAAAGCAAGAGUGGAGAGAGCAUAUUUGCCCCUUCGUGCCGCUCCCAGUCGCCCAACUGCUACAAGAGCUUAUUCAACGUCUGCACGAUCGAUUGCUUCCGUUGGACUAAACCAACAAAAGCGAGGCUAUGCUACUGCAGUUGAACGUGUAGGUCCUUUGUCUGCAACCACUUCUGAGCCAAAACGUGUCGCAUUGAUCGGUGCUCGUGGUUAUACUGGACAAGCUUUGGUUUCAAUUUUGAACAAGCACCCUAACCUUACACUUUCUCACGUAUCCUCGCGUGAAUUGGCAGGAAGAGAACUUCCAGGAUACGAAAAGGAACCUGUUCGCUAUAGCAACAUUGGCGUUGAAGAGAUCAAGAAACUUGAACAAGGUCGUUUGGACGGACCACCACCGGAUGCUUAUAUUAUGGCAUUGCCAAAUGGCGUUUGCAAACCUUUUGUUGAAGCUGUUCAAGAGGGUGGUAAGAACAGACCAAACGGACACGCCACAAUCGUGGAUCUAAGCGCAGAUUACCGUUUUGAAGACGAUUGGACGUAUGGAUUACCAGAACUAUACUCACGUCAAGCUGUUCGUGAUGCGAAAUUGAUUUCGAAUCCAGGGUGUUAUGCAACAGCAAUCCAAUCGCUCAUUGCACCUCUGAUCCCAAUGUUGGAUUCACAAUCUGCACCGACAGUAUUCGGCAUUAGUGGCUAUAGUGGAGCGGGUACAAAGGCCGCACCUUCAGGAACGUCUGGACAAAGUCAAACACCCGGAGCAACUGUACCAAAAGUAUCACCAGAAAAUUUACAAGGAGGCGUUCGUCCAUACAGUCUAACGGAUCACAUUCAUGAACGUGAAGCAAGUCGUCAUUUGAGUAAAUUGGCGGCAAAUGGAAAUGUUGAUCUAGGAUUCAUUCCGGCCGUUGCUCCUUGGUUUCAAGGUAUUUUGGCAACCGUAAAUGCACCUUUACGUGAAAAAGUAACGGCAAAAGAUGUAAAGAAGUUGUACGAAGAAUUUUAUGCUGGACAAGGACCUUUGGUUGAAUUGGUCAACAAAGUUCCCGAAGUUCACGAUAUUGCCUUGCAGCAUGGAAUCAAGAUCGGUGGCAUUCAAGUUCAUUCAAGUGGAAAGAGAGUUGUUGUUGUUGGAGGAAUUGAUAAUUUGUUGAAAGGUGCAGCUACGCAAUGCAUUCAAAACCUAAAUAUCGCCCUUGGCUAUGAUGAAUUAGCAGGAAUACAAGCUUAAAUCAGAAAAUUGUAUAGAAAGAUUUAAAUAAAAUAUUUGCACAUAUAUACAUGGCUCUUCAUAAAUCAUAGUCGGUCGUCAUCAUACAAAGAUGGAGAAAAGAAGAUGGGCGGCGUCUUAUAAACAGGUAGAAAAUGGUAAGAUUGCAAUUC